AUGAAUAGAAGAAUAUUCUCGAGGCCGGCGUCCCACCUCCGCCAUAUCCGGCGAUCACUAACCACCCAUAACACUGUCGCCGCCUCCUCCGACGGCACAUUCGCGGCUGACCAGCCUCACCUGGUAAACGUCUUACUAUGGCGCUACCAAAUUCUGGACCCCAGCAGCGACAUUGUCAACUGGUGGAACCAUGUUUUCCUCGUAACUUGCCUCAUCUCUCUCUUCAUCGAUCCUCUCUAUUUCUACCUCCCCUACGUCGGUGAAAUGGCUUGCAUGACCACCGAAAACGAAGCCUCCGUCAGCAUCACCUACUACCGCACCCUCGCCGACCUCUUCUACCUCCUCCACAUUCUCUUUAAGUUCCGCACUGCCUUCGUUGCCCCUAGCUCCAGGGUCUUCGGCCGGGGCGAGCUCGUUAUGGACGCCAGACAAAUUGCCAUGCGAUAUCUCAAAUCUGAUUUCAUUGUUGAUUUUGCCGCUACUCUCCCCUUACCUCAGAUUGUCAUCUGGUAUGUAAUUCCAGCGACCAAAAGUAAAAAAUCUGGUCAAGCCGACAACACUCUUGCCCUUAUUGUUCUUUUCCAGUAUAUCCCCAGAUUGUUCGUCAUCUUUCCUUUGAAUCAGAAGAUUAUCAAAACUACUGGGUUUAUUGCUAAGACUGCUUGGGCAGGAGCUGCAUACAAUCUCCUUCUCUACAUGUUAGCCAGUCAUGUGCUAGGAGCUUCAUGGUAUCUAGCGUCAAUAGGGCGACAGCUCUCUUGUUGGAAGACAGAGUGUAGAGCAGAGAUGGAUGCAUUUCCACCUUGCAGCUUGAAAUUUCUGGAUUGUGAUAGUGUUGGACAAAUUGAGAGGAACUAUUGGCUGAAUGCAACGAAACUUGUCACCCGUUGCGAUGCCAAAAAUGAUGAUUCAGAUUUCAAAUUUGGAAUGUUUGCACAUGCUUUUACCAGCGAAGUUGCUUCAUCAAGAUUUAGUCACAAGUAUCUCUAUUGCCUUUGGUGGGGUUUGAGAAAUUUGAGUUCAUAUGGGCAAAACCUGCGGACUAGCACUUACAUUGGAGAGACAGUAUUUUGCAUUGUCUUAUGUAUUGGUGGUUUGAUUCUGUUUGCAAGAUUGAUUGGGAACAUGCAGACUUAUUUGCAAUCUAUGACGGUUAGACUUGAAGAAUGGAGACUUAAGAAAAGGGAUACAGAAGAGUGGAUGAGACAUCGCCAGUUACCUCCAGAAUUGCAAGAACGGGUUCGUCGUUUUGUUCAGUAUAAAUGGUUUGCUACAAGGGGCGUUAAUGAGGAAUCCAUCCUCCUUUCCUUGCCUUUGGAUCUUCGUCGUGAAAUUCAGCGGCAUCUAUGUCUAAACCUAGUUCGAAGAGUUCCUUUUUUCGCACAAAUGGAUGAUCAACUGCUUGAUGCCAUAUGUGAACGCCUGGUCUCGUCCUUGAGCACCGAAGGCACCUAUGUUUUUAGAGAAGGAGAUCCAGUGGAUGAGAUGCUUUUUGUCAUUAGGGGACAGUUGGAGAGUUCCACAACAAAUGGUGGAAGAUCCGGAUUUUUCAAUUCCAUCACCCUCAGACCUGGAGACUUCUGUGGGGAGGAGUUACUGACAUGGGCCUUGGUUCCUAACUCCAGUCUAAACCUGCCUUCUUCAACUCGAACUGUUCGGACACUUACUGAAGUUGAGGCAUUCGCACUUCGUGCCGAAGACCUCAAGUUUGUUGCAAUUCAGUUUAAACGUCUCCAUAGCAAGAAGCUCCAGCAUGCAUUCAGGUACUACUCUCCUCAGUGGAGGACAUGGGGUGCUUGCUUUAUAGAAGCUGCAUGGAGAAGGUAUAAAAGAAAGAGACUUGCUAAAGAGUUGGCAGUGCAAGAAAGCCUAUACACUGACUGGGAUGGUAACUUCACGUAUCAGCAAAAAUCUGAUGACGGAUUAUAUAAUGGACCUGAAGAGGUUCCACUGGUGGAUAUUGAUAAUAAUGGUCAGCAUCUUGGAGCUACAAUCUUGGCUUCAAAAUUUGCUGCAAACACCAAAAGAGGGGUCGUCCAGAAGGUUCAGGUGGCUGAUGCCUCCUCUUCUAGCCUAAAGAUGCCCAAGUUGUUUAAGCCAGAUGAACCUGAUUUCUCUCUAGUCUAA